UCAAUCGAUUGAGCUCAAGCGAUCCACCUGCCUCAGCCUCCUAAAGUGCUGGGAUUCCAGGCAUGAGCCACUGCUGGCUUAAGAAUUCUUUACACUUUUUGGGUACUAGGCCUUAUCAGACACAUGAUCUGCAAAGACCCUGCCUUCUGCCACUGCCCUGCUUUGGCGCACAGCUCUGUGUGGAUGAGGCCUGGCCUCGGCCCCCUGUGGAGGGCACUGCCCUGCUUUGGCACACAGCUCUGUGUGGAUGAGGCCUGGCCUCAGCCCCCUGGGGAGGGCACUGACCUGUGGUUUGUCUCCCUGCAGUCUUACCUGCUGAUGGUGACUGUCAUCCUCCUCCCUUACGUCAGCAAGGUCACCGGCUGGUGCAGAGACAGGCUCCUGGGCCAUAGGGAGCCCUCGGCUCACCCAGUGGAAGUCUUCACAUUUGACCUCCACGAGCCACUCAGCAAGGAGCGGGUGGAAGCCUUCAGCGACGGCGUCUAUGCCAUCGUGGCCACCCUUCUCAUCCUGGACAUCUGGUGAGGACCCCGCGUCACCUGCCCCAGCUGUCAGGCGGCCAGUGUGUCUGAGUCCUGGAAACCCCAGAAAGGCACAGGGGUCUCGGCUCCACCCUCCCCUGGAUGCCUGGAGUUUUGUGUGAGGUCAGGGCAGCCCCCACUUCAGGGAGGACAACCCCCCCAGCGGUCCCUCCCUUCCCAGUGGCUCCCACCCCAAGUGCGGGCCGGCGAUGGGGUGCCAGGGCGAGGUUAGCACCAGCCGCCAACUGCUCUCCUCACUCUUUCCAGAGGGGCUCACAUCCAUGGGUAUCACCCUACCCCAGGCCUCACCCCUGCCCCAGCACCAGCCCCUCCUGGUCCCUAGUCCCUCCUAUUCCCUCCUGCUCCCUCCCA